AUGAACACGGACGCACCACCAAACGGGCAUGGCAUAGUGCGUCAUCACGCUCGUGGUUUCUCACAUCUCGCAUUCGUCCCAAAUGUCAGGGGAGUGCUUCUGUUAGAAGCUCCUAGUGUGGUGAGGCCUACGUUUCGCCCACGUUUGUGCCAGGUUAUAGCAGUGACGUGGAAGUCUGCAUGUAGCCGAGGCAGCUGCAGCUGGGGUGGACAUAAGGGCGGGUUUAAAGUAGUCGUCCAACCCUACCAAAACAACUUUAUCCGAAAUCAUAUGCUCUCUUUCAUGACUAUAAUCACUAUAUGGAAAUAGCCAUCUAGGAAUGUUAAGAUUAUGUAGAAUCACUCUUUGUCCAAGGGGAUCACUACCCUUAUAUUAGCUUCAGAUCCGCUGUAUUUCUUCUUGGAUGCUGAAUCCUACAGAUUCGCUUUCCGCAUCAACGACAAUCGUGCAUUUGACCCUGCCUAACUCAUCUCGCCCUCAGAGAGACCGCGGUUAUCUCCGCUGUUUGUCGGUCAGUCAAUGGAUUUAACGAUCAGCUACGGAGCAUUGUUCAUUUAUUUUACUUCUUGGCGAAACUUACAGACUCUACUUCAGUCUCAUACAAAGGUCAGCCUCAGAGGAUUAUAGUAGGUGGAUUAACCGGUCGGCAAAGACCUGUUCGUCACCUUCUACACGCUCCGGUUAGUGCUUGGUCCCGUUCUACCAAAAUAACUUCAGUACUUGAUAAGAAAAUAAGGGAAGAUCGAUUCCUCCAUCGUUAAUUCUCAUCCAGUGGGGACAGCUUUUUCUAUUGGGUUUGCACGCCCGCAGACUUUGCAAUUUCACACCCCUUGUUACCUCUAUCCAGGCCCUCUCCUUAGACAAAGUUCAGAAAUACGCGUUGAUUACUACUACUACUACUACUACUACUACUACUACUACUACUACUACUACUACUACUACUACUACUACUACUACUACUACUACUACUACUACUACUACUACUACUACUACUACUACUACUACUACUACUACUACUACUACUACUACUACUACUACUACUACCACUACCACUACCACUACCACUACUACUACUACUACUACUACUACUACUACUACUACUACUACUACUACUACUACUACUACUACUACUACUACUACUACUACUACUACUACUACUACUAUUGCCAUUGCUACUAUUGUGAGAGUUCGACCGUAGUUUCCGUCGACGUCCUCCAGGGUGGAAGCUUAGACGGUGACUUGCGCGUAAAUUCGUUUACAGUGAUAGUAGGCUGGCGCAACAUCUACGACGCUGUUUCAUCCUUCCCCACCUGGGCCCAGUGUUGA